GAUACGUCAUAACAAACACAAGCACGAACCGUAGUUACCACUAAGUGAGAAUAUAAAGCACGCUAUCCAGUGUUCUGUUUAGAUCAGUGUGAGAAACGGUGCCUGAAACCUCCAUAACAAACAACACUAUUGAAUCUAAGCCGAAGCUGAAUAUAACGCACUUUCUUAGGAUGGUGUCUCGAGGCUACAGGAAAUUGAAAGAAAAGAAAAUUAACAAACAAGACUGUCAAAACUCCUGCCACACAGCAAAAGAUCUUAUGUCUGCCUUCCAUAUUUUUGACGCUCAGAAGAAAGGGUACAUCGAGUCACGUGAAUUAAGAGAAGCACUGGGACUUACAGGUGCUGGCAUACCUGAUGACGAGCUGCGGCAAAUGUUACAAGAAACAGGUCUUUUAGCGGACAGAAAGAUAACCUUUGAAGAAUUUAUUUACCUCAUGUCUGACUCCAGCACUGGUGAAGAUUCUCGAUCACAAGAAACUAGGCGUGGCUCAGGACCUCCACCUUCCCCCCUCCCCCUGCUACGCUAACGGCGGAGCGUAAAUGAGGAAACCUCGCGUAAAGAUAAGGAUAAAGAAGAUGAGUUGUUCCUCAUCACCGUUUACUUUGGGCGACAUGCUGAUGCAUUCAAAGAAUAGCUAAUAGAGGUCUUCAGUGUUUCCUCUAUCGAUAGCUGAGGAAUCCUUAUAUCGGUCUGGCACUUCGUCAACGAAAAAAACUGACUUAGAUUGUACAACUGAGAACAACUAAGAGCUAGUUUGAAAACAUUUUCUCCCUAAGUUCUUCACUAGCUGAAAAGAGUUGUCAAGUUUUUUAGAAAUCUAAUAGGUACCGCAUAUAAUUCACACAGCAGUAAAUGUGUGUGGGUUACAAUACUUCUUGUAAGAAUGCCGAGAUAAUA